CAUUGAGUCAAGGCAUGACAACUACAAAUUGCAGAGAAACGUUGAGCGCAAUUUAUGUGAAGAAAAUUUAUCCAUAGUAAUUGGUAGCUUUUCUUUAAGUAAUAAGUGUAUAUAAUCUAUAGCUUCUCAAUUUUGUAACUGAUCGUUAUAGAAAACAAAAAUGGCACAACAAAAGGGCCAAUUCAAUAUUGGUGAUCUGGUUUUUGUAGAACUACUAAAAGGAUUUUCACCAUGGCCCGCUAAAAUAACAGGCUACCAUAACAACGAGUAUAGGGUGCGCUUUUUUGGAUCUGGAUUAAUUGCUAACAUUAAUAUUGAAAGAAUUUUUAAGUAUGGAGAAAUUAAUAAAGAAUCCAUGAUGGAGAAAUAUUUAAAUAAUGCCAGUUAUCGUAUGGCAAUUGAAGCUGCAAAGGAUGAGAUAUCUAUGCCAAUGGACUUAUCCACCAAAAAUAUUUCGAGGAACGCUACAGUCGUAAAUGAAAGCAAUAGUCCCGUUAUUGAUGACCCACAAAUGGAAGAAAACGGACAUCAGAAUAAAAGGAUCAGAAUUGAUUAUUCCGAGGAUGACGAACAAAUAGCAGAACAUCAGGCACAUCGUGAAAUUCCGGCCGAAGUUGCAGGCGCAAGUGAAUCUAGUCCGAUAUCAUCAGAAUCAGCCACAACUGCCGAUGGUACUGAGUCCCAAAACAAUACUGAUGGAAUUGUGGCAUUAGAGCGCAAAAAUUUACUUGUUAUUGAACGUGAUUUUAUUAAAAAAUGCUUACUAUUAAAUGAUUAUUUGCAACUCGAAUAUGAUUGCUUUAAUGAGUGUGAGAAGUUAUUAGAUGAUAUAUUGGAUUUGCAGUUAAGUCGAUUAAUCCUGUUACGGAAUCCAAAAUCUGUUGAUCACAUUCGAAAACUGCGGUCUUAUGGGAGUGGACGGAAACAGCAUCCUUCUUAUAUGGAAGAAACCAGAAAAGACAGAAAAAAAAUUAAAAUAAUACGUCAAUAUGGCGUAACUUUAUGCAAUAAAUUCAAGAGAAUCUUGAACUUCAACGGCAGGGUAGAGUUUUGGGGUGAAUUUAUGAAACAUGUACAGGAAUUUGAGGAGAUAACAAAAAACUUCAGUUGGGAAAAUCGUAUAAUGUUGACCGAAGAUGAGUAUCAAAAUUUGUUGGUUAAAGACCGUCAAUCCAAUGCAACACCAGAUCCAUUGGAAAAUGAAGAUGAGAUUAUUGAACUAGAAUAAGAAAUAUGCAAUGAACAACAUUGGUAAGGAUCUGCCUUAUCAGUCAUCAAUUAAAAUUAAAAUUUAAAAUAAAUAUUAUUAAAUUGCCGUUCAUUUUCGAAGGAUGUGCAUAUUGCAUAAAUUAAGUAUGGAAUAUGGAAUAUGGAAUAAUAGAAGAUUGUAGUCGAAAUAUUGAAAUGGUUGGAAUAAAGUAAA